AUGGGUGUGGAUUACUACAAGGUCUUGCAGGUUGAUAAGAACGCCAAAGACGAUGACUUGAAGAAGGCUUAUAGGAAACUUGCUAUGAAAUGGCACCCUGAUAAAAACCCCAACAACAAGAAAGAAGCUGAGGCUAAGUUUAAGCAGAUUUCCGAAGCAUAUGAGGUUCUUAGCGAUCCUCAAAAGAAGGCCAUUUAUGAUCAAUAUGGAGAAGAGGGUCUGAAGGGUCAAGUUCCUCCUCCUGAUGCUGGAGGUGCGGGAGCUACUUACUAUUCCACUGGAGAUAUACCGGGAUCGUUUCGGUUCAAUCCUAGGAACGCCGAUGACAUUUUUGCCGAGUUUUUUGGGUUUUCAAGCCCAUUUGGUGGAAUGGGUGGGAGAGGAGGCGGCGGUGGCGGCAUGAGAUCAAGGUUCCAUGGUGGGAUGUUUGGGGAUGAUAUGUUUGCAUCUUUUGGGGAUGGAGGGGUACAUAUGAGUCAAGGUGUACCGCGGAAAGCUCCUCCCAUUGAGAACAGAUUGCCUUGCACUCUUGAGGAGAUAUAUAGAGGGACCACAAAGAAGAUGAAGAUCUCUAGAGAAAUUGCUGAUGCCAGUGGCAAAACCAUGCCGGUGGAAGAGAUAUUGACAAUUACUGUCAAGCCUGGUUGGAAGAAGGGAACAAAGAUCACCUUCCCUGAAAAGGGAAAUGAACAGCCAAAUGUGACCCCUGCUGAUCUCGUUUUCAUCAUCGAUGAAAAACCACAUGGCGUCUAUACCCGCGAUGGAAACGACCUUGUUGUCACUCAGAAGAUAUCACUUCCAGAGGCCUUAACUGGUUAUACAGUGCACCUCACCACCCUGGAUGGCAGAAACUUAACCAUACCCAUUAACAAUGUUAUUCAUCCCACUUAUGAAGAGGUUGUCCCAAGAGAAGGCAUGCCACUUCCAAAAGAUCCAUCAAAGAAGGGAAACUUGAGGAUAAAGUUUAAUAUCAAGUUUCCAACUAGGCUCACUGAUGAGCAAAAAGCAGGAAUCAAGAAACUCUUGGGUGCCUAA